AUCGGCUCUGCCAUCCAAAUUCAGUCCCGUCAUCAAUCCUGCGUUUCCCUCAUCUUGUCUCCUUCUCACCACAUUUCCUCCCUUCCGCUUCCUUUUCCUGUUCGUCACCUUCACUUUCGCCAAGUAUCCGACACAUUUCAACAAACCACAACCAAUCCGUCUCCGAUCUUCUUCUCCUCUCCCGUCCUCUUCCCUACUCUCGUCCAUCUCUCCAUACGCUCGCUUCGUCACUACAACACGGAGAAGCCUCGAAUCCCAUUAUCAGCCGUGCCGACCGACAUCGUCAAGCUUCACGCACUCGACGUUCGCUUCCCGAUCAUCGUCACUCGCUUGCACCACCUCCGCCCUGGCCGACCGACGUACAAACGACGAGGAAUCCAGACCAAAGUCCACCGAAACGCCGCUUUACAGGACCCGUCCUAAAGUAUACGAGAAUCUCGCUUCCUCCAAAUACCUAAGCCCCAUCCUCCGAAGCCCGAGCCGACCGAACACUGGUGACAAACACCCGCAAUUGUUAGAAUCCACGCUUCCUCGACGUGACAAGCCGAAACACGAAAAAUCACAAGAAGGACUUGCAUACGCACGGAAUCUUUCCCGGAAAUUUUCAGAACUUGGCUUUCGUGCAUCUAAACGCACAUUACGACGUUUUGAAGCAAUCUGUGCGGCAGAACCUGGGACGGCAGCUGGACCUGGCUCAACCUCGAUCGACUUGGGACGAAAACCACACGCUGACGUGCAUAUCCGCCAAGGGCACUAUUCGCAACCCGGGAUUUUUUGCUGCGACCAAAUUCAAUCUGCGAAUUCACCGCUGCCAACUGUGCAUCGCAUUCCUCUCCGGCCGCCAAUCUUCUGGGCUUGACUCGCUGGAUUGUGGCUCAAUUUCGCACUCGUGCCACCCGACGUGUCUUGGACCACCGCAAUAAGGAGGGAAUACCUACCAUCGAUUGCUUCCAACGUCUCCGCAUUCCAACGACUUGUUUUGGCCGUAACGGCUGACAAGUUGCCUACUUCUCUCCGAAUUCCUUCUCCUUUUUCCCUCUCCAACGCUCCAUCUGUUCCCUUACUCUCCAACAACUCGCCAAUACCGUCAAGAUGUCUGGCCUUUCAACAACGAUUAUGCCCUUUGCGCAGUUGCCCGCGUGCGCUGUGAACUGUGGCCCUCUCUACGACGCCAACGGCGCCUGUGUUCCUCCUGCUGUCGCGGCAGCAGAUGCCAACACCUACGACAGAUGUUUCUGUAGCCAGGGUGUUCUGCAGGCCUUCUCAACAGCUGCCGGCGGUGUCUGCCCCGCCGCUGGAUGCGACGACGCUGGCUUCAGCAGUAUCCAAGGAUGGUACACUUCAUUCUGUAAUUCUGUCACAGGCGGCGCUGCGACUGCAUCUUCGUCCUCGGCAGGAUCUUCCUCGACAAGCGGAGCUUCAAAAGGAUCCUCCAACAGUGGAAAUGGCGGCGAUUGGCUCUCCAACCACUGGAGAUGGGUGGUCAUGCUUGUCAUCCUCGUUGUCGCCAUUGCUGGCAUCUGGGUUGGCGCCUGCAUCUGGCGCCGACGGUACCUCCGCCGCAAGGACCGCAUGUAUGAGCUCGGCAAGCACGCACACAAGGGACCCAGCGGCAUCAUUGCUGGUUCUGGUGUCAAUGUCAACCAAGCUGGUAUCGUCAACUCCCCCGGCCAGUUCAUGCCGGGCCCGCCGCCGGCCGUAUACGAUGAGAAGCCCCCCAAGGAGAAGAAGAAGUGGGUUGUCAACGAGCGGACAUAGAAGUGCGACUUCGGUAGACAUGUUGUGCGGCAUCACUCUUCAUCACUAUCUCUCAACGGCUUAACGAGACGGCGUUCACAUAUUUCACGGCAUUGGUGUUUGGACAUUCACACAUACUUGUUCCCAGGCAAUACUUGUUGCUCUCUUUUUUUUUUUCCUUUGGUCAUUGAUUAGGCGUACGGCUGGAAACAAUGGAGGGUUCUGUCGUUGGACACAAGCAACAUUGGUGGUCCUGGUUCUUGACAGUGAAACCACGCAAUCAAAAAGGGCAGGUUUGAAGGGGCGGAAACAGGCCGAUGGCAGGAGACCCCCAGUCUCACACAGCUGCGUAACAGAAGCGGCCUGUUUCCCUUGGGCCCCGGGGGGCAAUGUUCUUCGAAGACAGGCCCCGAAAAGCGGGAGGACUCGCUUGGUCAACUUAGCAUCAUCCAAAAGCCAAAUGGUAAUUUCUCAUACCCGUUUACAACCACAGCCACUGAAACGCUUCACAUCAAGAGCACCAGCAAUGUUUUGUUUUGCAACUGUAACUGACUCGAUGCCGAUAUCCCGUGGUUGUAUCCGUAUGCGCAAGCUGUUUUUUUCAAUCCCUUGCCAAAGAGUGUUAUCCACAAUCAUGAGGCUUGUCUGAGCGGGUCGAUCAAACAGUCUGCCAUGUGGGCGCAGAGGUCCUGGCACCUGCAGGAUGUUUCGCAGGCAUCGCGGUGGAUUUUUCGAUGGUUCUUUCUUCAUAAUUGGUUCGAGCUUGUGUGCGGGACGAGUAUCGUUUGCACUCCGCUUCGGCUUCACUUGGAAGAAUUCGGCGUCCACUAUGUCGAGCUCUGCUGUUCAAUUGACGGGUCUUGUAACUACUGCCAAUUGUCAUUCAAGAUGAUCAGACUCUAUAGGUAGCUUGGACGAGAUACGUUGAAGGGUGGGGCUCCCCCCGCAACGAAGGAUGGCAAGAAGAGGCGAGGACGCAAGUAUUGUAUCUCUUUGUUUUUGGCAGUAUGCUUAAAGUCUUUCGUUC